UCACGAGUAGCAUUGGGCGGACGCUGGAUACCCUGGGACUGGAUGACAUACGGCGCUUGGUUAGGUAACUGAAUCAAGUUAUAUGACACUUGUUCUUCUGACAGCUGGUCCAACCUAGUGCAACUGCUGCGUUGUGGACGAACCGCACCCGAAUGCGCGUACUGUUGGGCGACGGCUGGAAAGUACCACUCAACGCGCCUAUUCACCCCGCGCCCCGAUAUUCAUACACAAGUACACACAGCUUUUCGUGCCCUUCCACUUGCGCGACCAUCAGGCUCGCACGAUCGUGCCUUGUUACAUACACUCUACCUUCUGUUACACUCACAUCGCCCAGCAUGCCAGAGCACGCCGAAGUUUUCGCACACUGUCCUAUUGCGGCCAGAGAACAUGUGAGCCCGCCCCCUGGAGCACAUCAUACCUCGCCCUAUACGAACCAAAUCAUGGAGGAGAUCCACGCAAGGCAAGCGCAAGAGGCGCUAGAAGCGCAGGAGCAGGCGCAGGCAUACCACCAGCAGGCGCGGGCUCCGACACACACUCAGUCAGCCCCCUCGCGCGUGCAGUCGCCUAUGCAUCCACGAACACAGACGCCCAUGCAGUCGUAUAAUGCUUAUGGGCCUCCGCGAGGUUCCAGUAGAGAUGAGGUAAAGGCGAGGGAGAUUAGGCAGGAUGAAUGGGAGGUGCGGGAAGUGGAAGGUGGGUUGGUUUUUUUUAUGGAGUUCCCAACCUUCUUCGCAGUCAUGAAUUGUAGUCGCACGCUACGUAUUGUGACGCGGAUUGUUGACUUUAGGGUGAGCGACGUUGGCAUUUGAUUUUGGAGGAAAUUUCACCACACCGGCCGACUCCCCCCUCACCCGGCACCCCAUCAACAACGAUGGCCGUAGUCAACGGGACAGACAACGACAACGACACUGCCACCAUGACACGCUCCUCCGUAAUCGAGGUAGAAGACAUCCCCGACGCCAUCCUUGAUCCUGCUCCCGAAAACAUUAUCCAUUUUAAGGGCAACCUUGUCCUCGUCGUUGGCAGCUCCGACCGUCAACGCUCCAUUCUCGUGCAAGCCGAGACAAUCGAGCACUUCGGCCAGCCGUGGCAAGAGGUCAUAAAGGACUCUAAUCGCGAACGCCUUCUCUCCG